AUCUUCUUCUUCUUCUGUAGCAGACAUUGCAGAGGGUGAAAGAACUUGAAGCAAGCUGGGGAAGAUGAAUCCACUGUUAGAUGUAAGAAUUCCAAUCUGCUCUGCAGUUUCCUCAUUUGGGAAGUCACAGAAAAGGCUUCUGGCUUGCCAUGGACCCCAAUGCCAUGCCCUGGCUUUGUCAAAUGAACCUUCAAAGAUCAGAUUCAGUAGUAGAGCAGAUUCAGUGGCUCACAAGAUGAAUAAAUUUGCACAAGGCAUCCGAGAACACGUGAAAUUAGGAGACAAGAUUACUGAAACUGUAAAAGGGAAGUUGAGCCUUGGCAAGAAAAUUCUCCAAGUAGGUGGAGUUAGCAAAAUCUUCAAGUGGAAUUUCAAUGUUAAGGAAGGUGAAGAGCUUCUAAAGACUUCUCAGUGCUAUCUAUCAACAACAUCAGGUCCCAUUGCAGGCCUUCUCUUCAUCUCCACUGACAAGAUUGCUUUCUGUAGUGAAAGAUCCAUUAAGCUUUCUUCUUCUUCUUCUUCUUCGAGUGGGAAAUCGCUAAGAGUUCGUUACAAAGUCAUGAUCCCACUUAGAAAAAUAAAGAGUGCGAACGAGAGCCGUAAUGAGAAGAAACCAUCACAGAAGUACAUACAAGUAGUUACUGAGGACAAGCAUGAGUUCUGGUUCAUGGGAUUUUUAAAUCAUCAAAGAACAUUGAAACAUUUUAAGGAGGCAAUAUAUCAGACCCAGUGCUAGGAUGUG